GAGUCGAUCUCUGUUCAAACCUCUCCCCAAUCGGCAUGUUGAGUGCAAUGGACAGCAUUGUGUCAUUCCGUCCACGUCUCCAGCUGCAACUGUACUUUUUGUUCCUGAAAAAGCUCCCUUCUCCCUUCGGACUCGACUCCCGUUGAUCCUGGAACGUGUACAGGCAUCGCUACUAUAUCAAGUCAACCCACUUGACGAAUACUCGCGGAUUCCCUCUGCGUCUCUGCAAUCGCAGUGGUGCGCACACACCCUGCGUCCUGCCUGACACCAGCCAGGAAACUGGUUGGGAUAAGCGCUGAUUAGAUGACAUACGGUAUCAGGCGGAGGGGGUCGUCGGUGUUAGCAGGGACCCGGAACAUAACACGGGGUGGGGCAAGAGUAGGGCCUUGGGUAGUACGUGCACCUGCGGCGUGGGAGGGAACCAGUUUCUGGUGCGCCUCCAUUUUUACGAGAGUGGGACGAGAGGCACUUGGUAGUGCUUCAUGGCUCUUUUAGGCCUAAUCCUUUUCGG